AUGAACACCCCGCUCCCCUCAGCCCCCCCUCAUUCCUUCACCCGCCGUUUCCGCAGCAACAGGGAAAAGAUGGCAGCCCUCGCGACCCUCACUCAGCUGUCAAGCGGGAACCCUGUAUAUGAGAACUUUUACAGACAAGUGGACCCGGGAAACACCGGGAGGGUUGGACCUACAGAGGCUGCCUUGUUUUUGAAGAAAUCAGGCCUGCCUGACAUCACUUUAGGAAAGAUCUGGGAUCUAGCUGAUCCGGAUGGCAAAGGUUUCUUGGAUAAACAGGGAUUUUACGUUGCUCUACGUCUCGUGGCCUGUGCACAGAGUGGACACGACAUCAGCAUCUCCGGUCUAAACCUCCCUGUUCCCCCUCCAAAAUUCAAGGACCACAGUAGCCCAUCACUGAGCUCUGUUACAUCAACCAAUGAGAGCCACUGGGCGGUGCGGCCUGAAGAGAAGAGCAAGUUUGAUGGCAUUUUUGAAAGUCUUGCCCCAGUGAAUGGAUUACUGUCCGGUGAGAAGGUCAAACCAGUACUAAUAAACUCCAAACUUCCUGUGGAUGUGCUUGGAAAGGUGUGGGAUUUGAGUGACAUAGACAAAGAUGGACACUUGGACAAAGAUGAGUUUGCAGUGGCUAUGCAUCUGGUGUACCGCGCUCUGGAGAAGGAGCCUGUGCCUUCAGUUCUGCCCUCCUCUCUCAUCCCUCCAUCCAAAAGAAAGAAGUCAUCAGGGUCCUUGUCCAGCAUGAUGCCAGUGUUACCAGGCAGCCCGCCGCCACCUAAAGACAGCCUGCGCUCGACCCCCUCUCACGGCAGCAUGAAUUCACUGAACAGCGCCGGGAGUUUGUCCCCAAAACACACCAUUAAAUCCUCACAGCAUUCAGUAAACUGGGUGGUACCAGUCGCAGACAGAGGGCGCUAUGACGACAUCUUCCUCAAAACAGACACUGAUCUUGACGGCUUCCUCAGCGGCCAAGAAGUUAAAGAAAUCUUCAUGCAGUCCGGCCUUUCUCAGAACCUCCUGGCGCAUAUUUGGGCUUUGGCGGACACCAGGCAAAUGGGCAAACUCACACGCGAGCAGUUCUCCUUAGCCAUGCAUCUCAUUCAGCUGAAAGUCAGCAAAGGCAUGGAUCCUCCGCAAGCUCUGACUCCAGACAUGAUCCCACCGUCUGAACGCAGCACACCGGGACCUAGUCUGUCGGGUUACAUGACACCAGUGGGCUCUGACAUGGCCGCACUGACCGAGAUGCGCCGGGACAGCUCCAGCUCUGUGGGUUCAGGCGAGUUCAGUGGGAUUAAAGAACUGGACGAUAUAAGCCAAGAGAUCGCUCACCUGCAGAGCACUCUUGCUUUCACACACUGGGAUACACUCAGGGAGAAAUACACUUUGGAACAAGACAUCAGAGAAACAGAGGAAGCCAUCAGAAACAAAACCACAGAGGUUCAGGAGAUGCAGAAUGAUCUGGACCGAGAGACGUCCACCCUCCAGGAGCUUGAGGCGCAGAAGCAGGAUGCUCAGGACCGGCUGGAGGAAAUGGACCAGCAGAAGGCAAAGCUGGAAGACAUGCUUAAUGACGUACGGCAGAAGUGCCAGGAAGAGUCGCAAAUGAUCUCAUCCCUACAGUCCCAGAUCCACUCGCAGGAGUCAGACCUGCAGAGCCAAGAGGCAGAGCUGGGCCGGGCCAAGGCUGACCUGAACCAUCUGCAGCAGGAGGAAGCUCAGCUAGAGCAGAGUCUACAAGCUGGCAGGAUUCAGCUAGAAACCAUCAUCAAGUCCCUCAAAGCCACACAGGAUGAGAUCAACCAGGCUCGGAGCAAACUCUCCCAGAUCCAGGACAGCCAACACGAGAUCAGUAAGAGCAUCGAGCAGUACAGCAGCACCCUGAAUGGAACCCACGGGGGCAGCAUGACUAACCUGGCCGACAUGAGCGAAGGCUUUCCUGAGAAGGAGAACGGUGCUUUCGGGGCUGUGGAAGACCCUUUCAAGGUGAAAACCACUGUGUUCAACAGCGCCCCGCAGGAGAUGCACACAGACCCCUUCCAGUCUGAAGACCCAUUUAAAACAGACCCAUUCAAAGGCGAUCCAUUCCAGAAUGACCCAUUCUCAAAGCAGACCUCCACAGUUGCAGAUCCUUUCGGAGGAGACCCUUUCAUAGAGACUGACCCAUUUAGGACCUCUUCUGAAGAUUUCUUCAAGAAACCCUUAUCUAAGCCAGACCCCUUCAGCAACGCCGAUCCUUUUAGCAAAAGUGCCACACUUCCCUCAAAGAGUCAUAAUUUUUCAAGUAAUGACCCCUUCAGCUCCACCAGCCCCAAACCGAAAGGCCAAGAUUUCUUUGGUACUUUGGACCCAUUCGGAAGCAGUUCGUUCGGCAGCAAUAGCGGAUUUGCAGACUUCAGCCAAAUGUCAAAGGGCUUUGUAGACGACCCCUUCAGCCGAAAACAAGACAUGCCAGCCCUCCCGCCCAAGAAAAGCAUACCUCCACGACCCAAACCACCCAGCGGUAAAAGCACUCCAGUAAAUGUGCCCGGAUCCACCGAUUCGACCAAGACGAGUGAUCCCUUCCAGCCCUUCAGUGCCGACCCCGCUGAUCCGUUUCAGAGUAAAAAGGGGGUGGGAGACCCGUUUAGUGGCAAAGACCCAUUUGCUCCAUCUGCCUCAAGUAAAGCCUCUAAAGACUCUUCAUUGGGUUUUGCAGACUUCAGCUCUGAACUGAGCGAAUUAAGUUUGGGAAUGAAGCCCAGCAGAUGGAGUGGGCAAAGCGGGAAAGCGAGAGAGCAGAACGAGAGCGGCUGAAGAGACUCCGCCAGCAGGAGCAGGAAGACCUGGAACUGGCCAUUGCUCUCAGCAAGGCCGAGAUGUCCAACGCCUGACCGCCUUCCCCUCAGAUCCACCCUUCUGUACACUACAGUGACGAUUGUGUGUGUGCGUGAUGGACCAAGAUAAAAUACAUGCAAGACCGUUAAGCCUCUGUCCUUUUGUGUUCAUGUGCAGGAGGGCGGCCUAUUGUUUGUGAAUCAGCUAAUUCACUUCACAUGCACUGCAUUAACCUCUCAGAUGGACUAUAUAGUUUAUUUAAAGUGUAUUUGUGUGUGUAAAUGUGCAUCAACAGAGCCAUGGACAUUUGAAGACCCUUAUCGGUCUCUGCAGAUCAUUAUCUCCACUGGUUGGGAAAAAACGGACUAAGAAACUGCUAAGAAAGUUGCGUUUAGAUCCCAGGUAGGGUUGAACCAGAAACUUGAAUUACCGACACUACACUCCCUCCCUUGAGCCCCUUGAGCAAGGCACUUAAUUCCAGGUUUCUUCCUGAAUUCAAUUGCUGUAAGCGUACUGUAAGACGAUUUGGAUAAAGAGCAUCUGCUAAAUAAUAACUUUUACUGGCUCUGGCUGUAGUCAGUAUGGUACACACUGGAAUUACAGCAGCGUCUGCAGACUAAACGUCUGUAGGGAGCUCUUGACGUGACGUAAAGCUGAACGAAUGGCAGUGUGGUUUUGGAAGUGUCGUUUUAAAGAGCUGUUUGAUUCAGAAGUGAACUUGUUUUGUUUUAUUUCACAGUACUGUUCAGAGAAGAUUAAGCAAAGCUUCUACAACUGCACUGAUUUAUUUGAUUUUAGAUUUUUUUCCCAUGUUAAAAGGUUCAGCUGGUUGACACCACUGCAGGACUCAACAGCAAGGAUUUGUUUUUUCUGUCCCCAUUUUAUUUUCUUUAAACAUUCGUUUGUUCAUUCUAUCUUUCUGUUGUUGUCAGUCGUUCACUGUGGAUUGAUGUACAAGAUCAACAGUCUUGUACAAAUCUUGAGAUUUUCAGUGGCCUCAAACACAUUCAUACUGGUUAUCUUUUGAGCCAACCUUAUUGUUGAGUAUAAAAUUUGUUUGCUUAAACGAAAACAAGCGCCUACAUGAGGGAAUUGAUAAAUAUCUAAAUUUUUUACUAUUUCAAUUUUCGUCUUUAAUUUGUUACUAAUUUUGUAUCUGCAUAAUCUGUGGGCGUGAAAGCACAAUCCUGCAGUUGUGCUAUUUAGUAAUAUUGCUUUUGUUUGAACCCGCAAAUAGGCCCGGAUGGAAUGCGUUAAACUUUCUUUCGCAUUUUCAGUUAUUUUCAAUGCAAAUAUCCGCAGAACAGAAUUAAUGUGUUAAAAUGUUAAGUUAGUAGUAGUCGGGACUACUAAACACCUGUUGGUUGCUGAAAGCACAAUCAGUUUAAUCAGUGGCAACGUGAAUUUUGUGAAUUCAGGCGCAGUAGAUGCUUUUUAGAAACAGUCAAUUACUGUUAAGGUUAGCCCUGAUUUUUAGUCAUUAUUAAGUUUGACUUGGACGUUUUGGUGAUGGUACUUCCUGGCACAUUUCAAACCUGUAUUUAUACGAUUUAAUUAUCGCACUACAUAACAAUACUCAAGUUUAUUUUAUUUUUUUCUAAAUGUACCUUCUGUUGUUGUUUUUUUAACACUUUUUGUCUAUGAUCUGUAUUCACUCACUGAACCUCGGAUCAUUGGAAUAGCUGUUGUGGUCAGUCAUUACAGGUAAAAUUAUCCUACGUAAUGAUUGAUGCUCAUUUUCAAUGCUGUGGACACAAAUGUGUAAUGUUUAGACGAACAACUGUGGCACAUCCCAGUACACUGCUAACUUUCAGCUACGUCAUCUUUGUCACCUUUUUUUUUUGUUUGUUUGUUUGUUCCUCUUUUUUUCUUUGCUUCCAAUCAGCUUGUGUCGUUUUGACCUCAAAAAGCUGCUCGACACUUUUUGGACUUGUUUGUCACACUAAACGGUGUUACUUAUUUAAAAUGUGUAAAAUGUAUUAGAUGGAGCCUAGCUCACACUGAAACUCAUGCUGCGGUUCUUGAACCAAUUUAUGUGAUUCCAGUACUACACUAAUCUUCAGUGAGUUGAGCGUUUUAACAGAACGUUUUGUUAGUGCUCCUGUUAUGCUAUAUUUGUCCUCUAUACCUCCAUUGUGCAAUAGUUUGUAUAUUUUAUUUGUUGUAAUAUCUGUAAAUUAAUAUCCUGUUGUAUUAUCCAUAUUUUGUCUUUUUUAUUAAUUGAGUUGUUUUUUUAGUUACUGUCAUAGUUUUUGGGAAUGCGUCCCAUAAAACUAAAGCUGAAUGCAUUCCUUUUUGGCCUCCCUUUAACCCUCGCCUGUGUAGAUAAGACAGAUAUUAACCCGAUAGAGAAAUGCAUUAGAGUAAAAAUAAACCAUGUAUAUUAUGUGUUUUAUUUGUCCUAUGAAACUGAGUAACUGCACAUGUGUAACUCGAAACAUUUUAAGGAUUUCAGACUGCAUUGACAGUGAUUUAGUGACGCUUUGAUUCCUUCGGAAAUGUUCAUGCUCCGUAUGUUGUCCCUUGAUUUCACAGAAUAAACAAAAGAUAACAUUUCA